GAAUAUUUAUGAAUAAACGUAAGAUUAAUCACAUAACGUAAUGAGACUAAUGAGUGCAGUUGAUUAUACGAAUAUUUAUUUUAUAAAUAGACUCGAGCAUGUGCAGACUUCGGAACGUAUCACGAGAUUUUGACAGAUUCCGUAGCGCAAAAUGUCAUUCAAAGUGAUGUAGGUUAUGUUGUCUAUAUUUUAUAUAAAAUGUAAUUAGUAACAUAAAUUAAUAGUGCUGGUGGCGUAAAACACAAUAUGAACACUUCACCCACCAAAACCAAACAGAAGCUGUCGUUACGGAAACGGUUGUUCGUUAAAAAGUCACCCAAAGUUGGCUGCUAUGUCGAUACAGAUUCCAAUGAUGAGUUUUCACAGUCGACGUCUCGUCCGAUUUCCCCGGCCGACCCAUUCCUUGCUCAUAGUCAGUUACAAGUUGAUACGAGCCUGGAGUCUAUCGAUAACCACAAGAAUGCGUCGGAGCCGUUUAGCAACAACACAAGCCAAGGCAGUGAUCACUUUCACAAGGACGACGAUACCAAUCCUCAGUGCUGUAAAACAUUCUUCAGAAGAUCUCGGCCGAGGAGUCUAGUAGAAGCACAAUCAAAACCUGACACCAAUUCUAGACCAUGCAGCCCAGUCACUAGCAAUAGUCAUAGUGAAAACUCAGUCUCACAAACCAAGUCUGAAGAAAUACCCAAAGUUACUGUUAAGUUUCCAAGGAAUGACGAUCCUCGAAAGUACUUUGAACAUUCAGGGUCCUUUGAAGGUAUAAAACCAAAGAGUAAACUGUUUGUCAAGAGAUUAUCAGCUGAUCAUUUAAUAUCUAACGACACCAAACCACUGUUUCAUACAUCAUCUCCUGAAAGUGAUAGAAGCAGUUCCUUAGAUCGCAAAAGAAGGACAAAGUCAACAAUAACCAGAUCUCAUUCCCGUGCGGGUAGCACAGACAGCUUGGUUCGCAACUCUCUGCUCGCUGCUCAGGUGCUUCGGCUCAUUCCCACUCAGGAGGCGAGGGAGAGGAAUUAUUUGUAUGGGCGACUAGCAUCCCACUCCCUUCUGGGUGCUGCUGAGUUGGAACACGUCUUUCCAGAAAGGGAGGUGAAAAUAUUCGUGGGAACAUGGAAUAUGAAUGGCCAAGCUCCACCCAAAGAACUAGCUGACUUUAUUUUCCCGAACCAAGUGAAACACGUGCCAGACAUAUUCGCCAUCGGCACUCAGGAGUCAUAUUCGGAGCGGACAGAGUGGGAAAUAACCAUUCAGGAAGUCUUAGGACCGUCACAUUUACUCCUUCACUCUUAUUAUUUAGGAACAAUCCACUUAACAGUAUUCAUCAGAAGAGAUCUAAUAUGGUUCUGCUCGCUACCAGAAGACGCCAGCCUGUCUGUACGGCCGGGUACCGCCUUCCGGACGAAAGGCGCUGUGGCCAUAUCGUUCGCGCUGUUCGGCUCGACCUUUCUGUUCGUGACCGCGCACUUGACCGCGCACCAGGAGAAGGUCAAAGAGAGAGUCUCGGAUAUCAAGAGAAUAAUUAGGGCUAUCGAUUUACCAAAGAAUUUGCCGUGCAGACAUAAAAGUAAAGAUGUGACAAACAACUUUGAUUACGUUUUCUGGUGCGGUGAUCUAAAUUUUCGGCUGGGUGAACCGAGAACUGCUGUUUUACGGUGGAUAGAGCAGACUGAAUUCCCACUGCCUCAUCACCUACCGCACGGUCUGCUGCACGCCGACCAGCUGACGGCCGUGCUGGAGGACGGCGCCGCCUUCAGAGACUUCCGAGAGGCGCCCAUCACCUUCCCGCCCACAUAUAAGUACGAUCCUGGCAGUCAGCAAUUCGACACUUCAAGCAAACAGCGCGCCCCGGCCUACACCGAUCGGAUACUCUUCAAGGCCAGGACUAUGACUGGGAACUCCUCGGCCUUCUCAGUGAUUUCAGGUCUACGCCGUUUGAGCGCAGUUCCAGUGCAGUCGGGGUUGAAGUGUGAAUUAUACAACUCUGUGCAGUCGAUAUGCACCAGCGACCAUAAGCCGGUGUGGGGCUUGUUCUCGGCCGCGCUCCGCCCUGGCACCGACGUGGUCCCUCUAGCGGCGGGGCUGUUCAACCGCGAGGUGUACCUCGAGGGCAUCAAGCGUAGACGAGCAGUUCUCGACCACGCGCCCGGCACGUCCGCCGUCUGCGCCAUUCAAUAACCCAACCACAUAAUUGCUUUACUAAAAUAGACGUCCGGUACGACAUACACAUGUAGUGCAUAAUUAUUUUACAUCGUUUCUUCACGGAAACGUACGAACGAGUCUUGCUUUUUCGUCAGUCUCGGUACAAUAAGGUUGACUGAAGUAGCAUGAAAAAUACGAACGUUUCCGAGAAAAUACGAUGGAAAAUAAUUAUGCACUACAUCCUGUAAGUGCUUAUAUUGAACCACAUAGUCCGGCUACGCAUCUGUAAUAGGGCUACGUGAAGGGAGUUUUUCGGCUCGGACCUUCGACAGAACCAUUGUAUUUGGUUGACUACCAAAAGCGUGCUAGACAUACUUAAUGGAAGAAACCAAACCCUUAGACAAAGCCCGUUGUAAAAGCGACUUUACCCUAUGCAUCAAAAUCUGUUUUGGACAAAAGAGUUGUAUGUCGUGUAGGAAGAUUGACUAGCCGGAGGUAUGUAAAUUAGACUUAGGUACAUAAGAUUACGCCCGACCAGGACGGACCUUUGUGAUUCAAGUAAGCAUUUGAAAUGCAGUUUAGCGUAACAAUGUAAGUCUAAACUGUAACUGUUGAUUCGGACACUAUUUUAAUAAGGCAAUUAUUAAUGUUAUAAUAUUUUCUAAUGGUGUUAUUCAUAAACGCGUUACUAGCCUGAAUUACCUAUGAAUCGUUUGUCUUUAUCUGUCAUUUUGACUUAUGUAUUUGUAUGAAAGGAAUAAAACAUAAUUUAACUAAAUCAGGCCCGUAAAGUUUUAUGUAUAAGGGGGUAAAACUUUUUUGUUACGGGGCUAAGUAUGUUUCUAAUAUCUUAUAUCAGUAUUUUAAUCAAGGUGCCACAUUUGGGUUUAUGUUUGUUUAGUUAAUAUUGUAAUAAAUAUCUGUAAUUCUGAAUGUAGGGAACAAUAUACAUAACAAUGGUUUAAUUUCUUUUGAAAUUAAGCUUAAUGCACAAUUUCGAAUUGUAGAUAUGCACAAAUUAUUAGUAGUAUCAAGGUCCUUUGAUAUUUAAAAAUUUCGGUUUUUAUUUAAUAACAACCCAUUACAUUAUUAUUUAUUUAAAAAUAUAUUUGUUCAGUACCAAAAGGUACUUCAAAUAUUCUAUUUAUAUAGGUAUUAUUAAAAAAAAACAGGGCUUAACUGACCUACAAAAUCAUGGUUCAAAAGAGGUUAUUUAGUACAAAGUUUAUUUACUUAUUUAAAAUAUAUUUUUCAAUAAGUUGCUCAUUUUACAACGCAAUAUUUUAUUUUUGAAUAUUAUUUAUAGUGCAGAAUCGCACAAAUAGGUACAAAAUGAAUGUUUAUGUUUACAGUAUUGUGUUAAGGGCCCACUGAUUGACAGUCCGCCGGCGGACUGUUAAUCAGUGGGCCCCUUUACGAAUAUUAUUUCAAGUUUCGUUACCUGGUUAAUUGAGAUAAGUGCUCAAAUAAGUUGGAAUUAAGACACAUGAUAAACACACGAAAGAAGACAUUGAAAUAUAUUAAUUUUGUUAUAUUUAAGUUGUUUAAGCUGUACCAAAAAAAGACAUCGUCUAGUCAUUGUAUUGUUGUGUUGCAACCGAGUACUUAAGUACCUACAUAUUUUAUUUUAAAAAAUUUGCUUAUUAAAUUUUGUUAUUACUUAAUGGCUUUUUACGGUAUGUUAGAAGUUGGAAUUGGAGUGGAUCUGACAAUCACGUUAGAGCUAUAGAAUCCCAAUUUUAAAGUAUUUCAUAAUAUUACAAGAAUUGCCUGUCCAAUAUCACUUUUAAAAUUCCAGAUACGUGUAACUAAGUUAUUUUUUAAAUUCUAAUCUUUUCAUUUAGGCAGUAUACCUAAAGACGUUAUUCGAAACGAUUCAUUUGACAACGAUGCGAUGAUUUGCAAAUGUUCACUUAAUUCACUUAAAUGUUCACUUAAUGACCUUAAUUGUGACUGAGUACUCUGACCACCACAAUUCCAAACUCUUACCAACUGUCUACAUAUAUGUAAAAUGGGUUCCAUGCCAAUGAUAUGUCAUAAUUUAGGUAUUAGUACAAGUAUGUGCAUGAGAUGUCCAUAAGUCAUAAAACUAAUUGCUUAUUUCUUAAUAUUACGUUUUAAAAAAGCUGUUUAACCGUUAAAAUAUUGAUGUUUUCUGUAGAGGUUUUAAGGUGCUUUUUCAAUGAUGGAGCGAGGCAAGGACCGAAUUCAAAUUGGAUCCCUAACAAACAAAUAGGUACCUACCUAGUAACACCACCGUUGUGAUGUCUUGCCUCGUCGUUAAAAAAAAACACCAUUGUAACCGUCCAAUCUAUUGAACUUUCUAUCUUAAGGUUCGGCCACACCGCUGCUCAAAAGGCUCUUUUGAGCAGCGGUAUCGCACGGAAUCGCAGUGACGUGCCUUAACUGUCAUAUACGCCGCAUUGACAUAUGUCUAUAUAUGUCAAUGAUACGCCCGCCGUGACGUGCCUCAUGUGAAACUACGAUGCGUUUGAGCAGCGGUGUAGAGAGCUUGCGGUAAAGUCGUGACGUUUACGGCACGUCACUGUGAUUCCCUACAGUAACCGUAUUAUGAGCAGCGGUGUGGCCGAUCCUUUAUAAUAAUACAUUUGAUUGAUUGAUCAUUUUUUGACUCGCAAAAAAUUUAAUUAAGUUGAUUGGAUUGGAGUAGCCUUGCGUUUUAAUCGUUGCGAUGAGUUACAUUUAAAAUGAACGCGCUUUAUGUAUUAUUUUUAAGUCAUUAACAUUAUUAAAUGUUUCUAAUUAUAUUAGCUCUGUGUUGUAUAUGAAAGUAUCUUAGAACUGAUACUUUAUUUAAAGUGGUUAGUACUGUUAGUAGCCCAGGUAGGAAAUAAUGAGCUUGUACUUAAAUGUAAGAUAGAUGUGUGAUGUUUCUGAAACAGUAGCGAGGCUUCGUACCGGAGAUGACCAUUGUUGAGAUCUUUUAGGAUUCAAUUUCGAUAGGAUGCUCAGAAUGCCAGCUUUUACUAGUUUCAGAUUAGCUGACGUAUCGACUUCGAAGUCAUUAGCUUAAUUUAAGGAACCCAUCUACCAGAUAUCCGACUUUGAAGAUAUUCGUAGUAGACCAAUUACGUGAUCAAAACUAGUGAAAAUUGCCAUAAGCCAAAAUUGGCAUGGAAACCAAAGGGGUCUGCAGAUGUGAUGUCAAAGCUCUGUAUGACAAAAUUGGGUCACUAUGCAACAGCAAUCUGUAGAAUCGUCAGACAAUAAUGAGUUUGGCUGUUGGUUGGUUGAUGCUAAAACUGUUUGUAGACCCAUAGCCCCCAUAGGAGGAAUCGUUUAUUCUUGUAGUUAUAGAAAUAUCUGUUUGUUGUGUGGUCCGUGUAGUUAUAGGUAUUAGAAUAUGGGACGUGCGAAGCCUCGAUAUUCUCUGCCUUAACACUGUGUAAACAGUACCGUCUGCGAAAUGUUAAGAACAUUUCAAAUCAUGUGCUGUGAUUUACUCUGGUUUCUAGUCUGAUGUCCAUUCCAAAGUACAUAGCUACUAAAAUACCCCUUAGUUCGUGAUAAUUAAUCUUGUAGCGUGUGGUUCCAAAUACCGCGAAUGUGCUAAGACCUACCGCUAAUAGACUUAACAUCAUAUUAGUAGGUAAAGGUCAAUUCAUAACUGUCGAAUAUGCGAUCUUACGUUAUUUUAUUAUCAUACUCCACUAUACUUUUAACAUUUUAAAGCGUACAAAAAACACAAUUGCAUAAGUCAAUUUUCAAGUCAUUUCAAAGAAAACGCUAGUACAAUCAACAGCAGAAGUUGCUAAGCGGACCAGGUGUUUAUUGGCGACUUUAUAGUUAAGAGAAUAAGAGCGUGUCAAGGUAAUUUUGAACAUCUCACCCGCUUAGCAACUUCUUCUGCUGAAUGUACAUUAGGAGCACUAAGUCUUAGUAAAUGCAAACCAGUUUGAUAUACAUAUGUCAAAUUAUAAUUGUUUUUAUAGUAUAUAAUAUACCUAUAUGAUAAACUACCUUUUAUACCUUACUAAAAACUAAAAUUUGAGAUUUUUAUUCGAAUAAAAAUGUUCAAACCUACCGAUUGAUUAUAUGUACUUUCUAAACCACUAAUUUCAAUUAUUGUGAUUUUAUGAUAUCCCUACCUAGGCAUUAUAGUUGCAGAAGAGAAAAUAAAUGUAUUAGAGUCAGUUCUUACGUGGAUCAAUAAAACAAGAAGACAGAGUGUCUGUAUAGUGUUCUAAUAUUCUGCGCCAUCUAUUGAAUGAAAGUUGAGGUGUUUUGUUAGCGUCGAACAAAAUAGAUGGAACUGAGGAUGAGGAUGGUAUUCUAAUUCCAUCUGUCCAAUGUGUAUUUCCGUCUCAUAUUUAGCUUAGUGAGAGAGUGAGACGCAAUGCACAUUGGCCAAUGAAAUUGGAAUAGCACCCUGACUUUCAUUCAAUAGAUGGCGCUGCGGUAACCGAACCUGAAGACAGGUCUAAACUUCGAACAAAAUAGAUGGAACUGAGACCUACGCGAUUUUGUAUAGACGUUGUCGAUCUUCUCGUUUUAUUGGUCCAUGGUUCCUAUAAGGAGCCUAUGAGCCAAUCUGUCUAAAUAAAUCCACCAGUCUUCCAUACCUUGUAAAGUGAUGUUUGUAUGUGAACAUAAGAUUAUGCUUGUGCUUAUGCAUAUUGCAUAACAUUAUAUUAAGGCGGGAUACCACCAGUGUGCGGCACUGUGCGGCACAAGCAUAUUCAGUACAAAAUUGCUUGUGCCGCACACUGGUGGAAUCCAGCCUUUAUGCUGACGCUUUUUCACACAAGAACAAUAAUUAAAUAGGGUAAAGCAAGCCAAUAUUAACUAAUUUCUGAUGGUACUGAAGUAAUCAAUAAUAAUUGCUUUGUUUACCCUAACUAUUACAACUAGAUUAGGUAUGCUAUUUACGCUCAAAAUAUAUUUUUUGCUUCAUAAUAAAAUAAUUGUUAUUAGAAAGAGAAUAGUGAUAGGACUGAUAGGUAUAUUAAUUAAUCGUCGUCAAACUGAAACACUACUAGAAGAUUCAGUAUUUAGUUUGAGGACGGCACAAUUCUACUUAGUUUGCACAUUAUACUUAAUAGCAAUUUACACCCCGUAGUUCGGUGGAAUAGGAUGUCAUGAUUCAGUUAUAGCGGGUAAUCUGUAAUGAACUUAAAAGAACUUUAUUUUUAAGAAUAUAAGAAUGUUCGCAGGUAAAUUUGUAGCUAUUUUUGCUACUGUACAGUUGCCCUCAAAAAUCCUUUAUUAAUUAUUACUAUGGAUGCACAUGACAAUCCAACUAGUGUUCAGCGAUUUUCGAGGACGACCGUACAGCCAACUGCAUUAUUUGUUUAUAUGUAUUAUAUACCUUUUUGCAGUUGAUAUUGGUACCACCUAAUUUUACAGGCUAUUUUGGAUGACUGAAAUAAUCAUGUUACUAAAGAGUUUUCGACGGUAGUUAUAAAAGUAAAAGAUGGAUCAGAGACUAAUAAAUUAUAAAGAUUGUGAAUGUCUAGGAAAAAUCUGUGGCUUGAAAAUAAUAGUUAAACUAGACGACUCACAAGUGGUCGCAGUGCAUAAGUACAGUCAGCUGCAGAGAAAUGGUACCCACUGCAUAGAAGUUUGAUUGCAAGGUCCACCUAAUAUGUACAGUUAGGACAUAGCUGAUUGUACAUACUAUAUUGCUGAUUGUAUUUACAUAAACGCCCUAUGGACACGACUAUUGAAGCCACGACUUUUCCUUUAACAUUUUUGUAGUUGUAACGGUAUGAUAUGUGUAUUACAAAGUAUUAUUUUCACCAAAGCGAUAUUUGGCUAGUCCAUAUAUUUAUUUAGAUAAUUAUAGUAUUAAGGGAAUACUAAAAUGUUACACUAUUUAAUAAAACUUUCCUCGCU